ACCGCAGCCUAUGUGACCUGCCAGGACCUCCGCAGCAUCGUGGACCCCGCGGAGCAAAUGGUGAUGGUGAUCAAAGCCCCCCCAGAGACCCAGCUGCAGGUGUCAGACCCUGCAGAGGCGUUCCAGGUCUCGUUGAGAAGCACUCAGGGCCCCAUUGAUGUGUUCCUGUGCCCCGAGGACAGCUCGGGGGUCUGCAGCCCUGUCAAGAGCCCCUUCAAAGCCCCUCCUGAGGACUCUCCUCCCAGCCACUCACAGCCCAGAGGCCCCCUGCUCCUGCAUCCUGCCCAGGAUGUGAACAUGCCUCUGCUGCCUGGAGAGCAAG